AUGAUACAGAAUCAAGUAGAAUGCUACAAAUUAGACGGCAGUUCAGUUUACAAGAAGGUGGAGCUACCCAAAGUAUUUUCAGUGUCAGUAAGAAGUGAAUUAGUGUGCAAAGUGCAGAACAUGGUCAUGAGAAACAGCAAACAGCCAUACGCAGUAAACCCAAUGGCCGGUAUGAGACACUCAGCCCACUCGUGGGGAACAGGAAGAGCACUCGCAAGAGUUCCUCGUGUGUCUGGAGGAGGUACCUCAAGAGCAGGACAGGGAGCAUUCGCCAACUUCUGUAGAAAGGGUAGAAUGGCAAGUCCAACAACCAUUCUGAGAAGAUGGAACAGAAAGACAAACAAAACAACCAGAAGACACGCAGCAGCAAUGGCCGUUGCAGCAACAGCAUCCGCAGCCUUGGUAGAAAGCAGAGGACACUUGAUCUCCGAGCUCAAGAGCAUCCCAAUGGUCGUUGAAAACAGCCUCGAGUCAGUGAAAACAGCAAAGGAGGCACUCAGCAUCAUCGGGAACUUCUCUCUGACCAGCGAAAUAGAAAGAGUAAAAAAGAGCAAAAACAUUAGAAAAGGAAAAGGAAAGGCAAGAAACAGAAGAUGGGUGAUGAGAAAGGGCUUCCUUAUCAUAUACGCUGAGGACAAGGGACUCACCAGAGCAUUCAGAAACAUUCCAGGAGUAGACCUCAUGCAGGUAGACAGCCUUGACAUCCUGCAGCUGGCCCCAGGAGGCCACUUGGGAAGACUUGUAAUGUGGACUGAAGGAGCCUUUGAGAGACUGAGAGAGCUAUUCGGAGACGACGGCAGAGUAGCAGUGAAGACCGGAUACAAGCUCCCAGAGUCAAAGCUCAGCUGCCCAGACUUCAGAGUCAUUCUCGAGUCAGAGGAAGUGAGAGCACUCUUCGAUAAAAAGCCAGAUUUGGUGAUGGGCAAAACAAAAUCAGAGCCCAGCGCAGUUGCAGCAAUCAACCCGUACUUUGAGCUAUUCAGCACGGUUUAA